UUGCCCUCAGCAAAGAUGGCGGCGGCCCCGCGGCCCCCGCCAUCUUUGGUGAGGGCGGAAGUGACGCACGGCGUCGCCCCCGCCCCGGAAGUGCUCGCUCCUUCAAAGAGUGGCGGGCUCGGGGCCGGGGCGGACGGAGCCAUGGGGCCAUCAGGAGAGGAGGAAGUCCAGAGCAUAAUCCUGAUCAGUGAUGAUGAAGCCGAGGACACCCUUGGGAAUUCUGUCCUGUUUGUAGACCCCCAGGAGAAAUCUCCCCUGGGAGAGGAGAAACCUGUGGUUGUGGAUGAGGAAUGUGAAUUAAUGGUCACCUUCUGUAAACAAGCCAAUGUGAUGCCUCAUGCAAGAUACGACUGCACCAUACACCCCUUCGAGAGAACAGAGUGUGACACUUGCUCACCCCUGGGUGAAAAUGCUGAGAUUUGUGACCAGUGCUACUGCUACAUCUGUGACAAACUGGCUUCUGAGUGCCAGAACUGGACAACCCCCUCCCUGUGCCACUGCAACGCCCACAACAAGAGCAGGUUCUGGAAGGAGCAGCGGGACUUUGCCCUGGCCGGGGUCCUGGUCAUGUUCAACCUGGAGCUCACGGACAUCGACGCCGAGCUGCGCCACGGGGGAAGUCUUCUAAUCAAAUUUAUGCAGGAACUUUAUGUGGAAUAUAAUAAGUAUCUGAGUGGAGAAAGGAUGCCUCCCACAAAACAUGAAUGCUUUUGCUUGCCAAAAUUGCCUCCUGGGCAGUGCAAUGCCUGCAGGUCACGGAACAUGGAGGUUGUGUACAAGUAUUCUGACGUUUUUGCCCUGGUAACAAGAUUUUUAAAUCAGGCAGAGCAAGAAAGUCCUAAAGCUGCUGCUGUGAUGCUCCUGGGAGCAGCUAAAGAGAUUGCAGCGCACAAAGACCCUGCCCUAAGCUGGCAGAACCUUGGCCACACUGCUUCACUAAAGAUUGCUGUCCCAUGUCUGUUCCAAAGGAUCACAACCCAACUUCAGAGGAUGCUGGUGUUGUGUGACUUUCCAAAAACUCUGUAUGAAAAGUUCAUUAAUUUUUUUCAGUCCAUCUCCCUUCCCUGUCACUGCUUUGGCUUCUCAAACAGCCUGAACGUGGUGCCCUGGGAUCACGUGUUGCUGACCACGGUCCUGAAAGGCCAGAACAUCACCGGGCAGAGGACCCAGAAAGGCAGGAAAAUAUUCCUCUGGGAAACACUCCCUGUCAUCGAGGCUCGAGUGGAGAAACUGGUAGACAAAAAGAACUAUAGAGAAGUUGUUCGUUACCUGAGAGCUGUGAAAUGCAAUGACACCAAAGGGUAA